AACAAAUUGGUUGUGAGUAUUACUGUGAUGUUUUGAUUCCUUCAGUUUGUAUUUGGACGUGAUGAGUUUAUGUUUAUUUUGGUAGGCAAGUAACUUAAUUUAAAGGACAAUUGUCGUAACAUUGGCAUGAUCGUGGAGACUAAUGAUAAAAGCCAAAUAUAAAUGUAAUAAGGUGGUCGAAUUCUGCUAGCAUCUUCUUUAAAAUUGCGUUGUUUUUUUGUCAAUUAGGUGCUAAUUAUUAGGUGACUACAACACACAUUGUCUUUGUGACAAAGUAAUAUAUUUGUUAAUCUAAAUAAAAUAACUUUCACUUAAUUUUUACAAUCAAUGAAUAUUUUGAUUGUCUCUUUUAAAUGUAAAUUUAAACGCACCAAGGCCAAGCAAUAAAUUAAAAUUGUCAAAUGAAAUAAAAUAUUAUUUAUUUAAUGUAAUAUAAUACUAUAAAUUAAUAAAACGUGAUAAGCUUAGUAAAGUAUAAAGUAAAUAGGUAUUCUACUUUAAAUUAAAUGUUAAAGGAUUUUAAUUUGAUAUUGCACGCAGUGGCGUAGCGAGGGUGUUUGGCGCCCGGGGACAAGAUUCGCGCCCGGGGACAAGAUCCAUUUUUAGCGCCCCUUUUUCUUUUUUUCAACUCUCAAACCCAUUAUUUUCAUCAAUAAAAUAAUAUCAAAGCACAUUUUGGCGCCCCUAACUAGCUGACGCCCGGGGACAUCUGCCCCCCCUGCCCCCACCACGCUACGCCUCUGAUUGCCAGCACGUUCAGUCCAAGUAGGCCCAACUCGUUGGUUUUAUUGACAAUGUGAGCUCUAUAAUUGUAUACUUUAUGUCAUUGUCAUGUGAGUCAUAUAGUUAUCUUUGUUAUCACACCCCGAAUCAACUAGCUUAGUCGCUGCAUGACUAAAAAAUAGAUUGCAUUCAAUGGAUCGAGAUUAUUUGCUAACCCGGGAACGGCCGAAGGGGUGGUUGAGGGGGGAUGCUAAGCGUUUAAAGAAAUGUGUUUAUUUUUGUUAGACGUCCGUAACCUUAUUCAGUAGGCGUUAGGAAUGCAUGAUCUUACUAGACACAGCUGAAAGAAGAGAGGGGCCACAUGGUUGGGAGGAGAGUCGGGGCAAACAGCUGGUAGAAAAGUGGGCAAACUAGCUGGUAGCAGAGUGGGCAACAUAGUAACCAAAAGAGUGGGAAAACUAGCUGGUGCACUUGGGUGGUAGCAACUGGUAGAAGGGUGGGGCAAUAUAACUGGUCACGUGCCCUUGCUGGUGGGGUUUCUUGGCCAAUGGGUACAAAGAGUAGCGAACUUUAUAUGAGGGCGCUGUUAGUCAGACUCUCCGGCGAUCGCACAGUGGAUUUGAAUGUUGGCCUCUGGUCGGGACCCCAAACCAACGGCUGGAAAGGUAGGGCUCGGGCCCACGGACGUGAUUCGUUGUGGGACGAGUUCAAGAGCUAUCGCUCAGUUUCAGCAGUUCUAUGCUCCGAUGAAUGGGGGCAACAAAGCUGGCAGAAGACUGGUGGCAACAUAGCUGGAAAAUGAGUGAUGACAACACAGCUGGCAGAAGAGUGAUGACAACACAGCUGGCAGAAGACUGGUGACAACACAGCUGGCAGAAGACUGGUGACAACUUAGCUGUCAGAAGACUGGUGACAACACAGCUGGCAGAAGACUGGUGACAACACAGCUGGCAGAAGACUGGUGACAACACAGCUGGCAGAAGACUGGUGACAACACAGCUGGCAGAAGACUGGUGACAACACAGCUGGCAGAAGACUGGUGACAACACAGCUGGCAGAAGACUGGUGACAACACAGCUGGCAGAAGACUGAUGAAAACACAGCUGGCAGAAGACUGAUGACAACACAGCUGGCAGAAGAGUGGUGGAAACAUAGCUGGUCGAUGAGUGGUGACAACAUAGAUGGAAAAUGAGUGGUGACAGCAUAGCUGGCAGAAGAGUGGGGAAAAUGUACUUAGAAUAUUUGGGCAAUAUCGCUGGUAGAAAAGUAGAGGCAAUAUAGCUUUAAAAGAUUAGGGUAUCAGUUUUAAUAAAAUAUUUUAAAAAAUUAUAAAUUAAUAUUUAUAUUUUUUUAAUAUAUAAAAAUAAUUUAUUAACACUUUUGCAACCCGCAGCAGUAAGAAAGUUUACCAGCUCCGCUCUAGAUUCGGGCAAACAGAACCUGCUCCAGAGCUCCGAGCUCUGCUCCCAAACACUAAGCUUUAUAUCAAAUAUUUACUAUUUUUUUCCACCCAUUCCCCAUCAACGUAUUUUCAUUUUUGUUUUCGUGUCGUCAAAACUUUUCUGUACGUGGCGAAGGCCUUUGAAUUACAUUCCGCGCCAGUAAUCGUAUACUACAAGUACCAGCUGCCACUGGUCGAUUCCAAAUAACUGUGUAUAGGAGUCUUCAUAUCACAGUGGUACUGGUGAUCAGAGCCUACCGUUUGGCUCCGGCCUGGUUGAGAGGUUCAAAUACUUCUCUACUCUUUGGUUCUGGCGUAGAUGUGAAUUUCGAAUGUUUGUUCUCCUGUUUGGCUCUGGCAUCCAUUUCUAGAAAUAGUAUGAUGCUUUAUGGUUACCCCGUCGGUCAGUCCCCAUGACCGUGCGUUUAUCAAACUUUCUUGACCCAUGCCUAACUGGUCAGCUAAAACGUGUGAUACCCUCCCUAACCCGAUAGAAAAGCUAAAGCAUUGCAAACCUAUCUCUGAGAAAACAUACCGGAAAUGUGUUUCAAAGAAAUUUUGUCGACGUAAAAUUGAUCGACGGCAGUUUGGUAGAACGGAAGUUUGGUUGAAUUUUUUUUUUCAUUUCACAAAAUCAAGCUUUCGUCAAAUUUCUUUUUGAACGCAUUAUACUAUUAUAGUAAAACAAAAUUAUGCGUUCAAACAUAAAUUUUGACGUAAAAUUAGAUCGUGUGAGCCGAAAAUAAAAUUCGAUCUAAUUUCCGUUCGACCAAACUUCAGUCGAUCAAAUGUUCCGUCGAGUCGACAAAAUUUCUUUCUAACAAACUUCUGGGAUCGCAGAGUGAUAGGUAAACCAAUUAUCUCCUGAUAGGAUCCAGUGUAUGUUGAGAAUCACCGCCUUAAUCCAUACAGAAGCUCUACAAUUGGAAUGAAAUAUUUUAUAACUUAUCAUAUUUUGUAAUAUAUAUAAGAAUAAGCUAUGCUGACAUAACGCUGGAGAACCGAAUAGAUUUAGAUACGUUCGUAUUCUUAACAACAAUCAUAGUUAUUUUCUAUAAUUGUACAGAAAUCGAAUAAAUUUAAAUGCGCAUAAUAACAUAAAUGCGCUUUUAUUUUAGUAAAAGUUUAACUAUUAUUAUUGUAAAUUACAAAUACAUUUAAAGUUAUAAAUAAGGAACUAUUUUAAGCAUUUUAUCUGAAUUUAAAAGUUAUGAACACAAAAUUUUACGAACAUUAUGAUCUAAGUAUUUCAUCGUAUUCAUAUUUAUCGGGAAUACCCAAACAUCAAUUGUUUUGAGUGCGUUUUUAGUGCGUUAUUAAUAUUGCGAAAUAACAUUAAAAUUAAUUUGUUCUAAAUUAACACGCAAAUGACGUCAUAGCACGAAUCGUCUAUGUUAGCUGAAACUCUUAAAUUUCUUUGAUUUAGUAACAAAACAAAUGGAGUGCAAAUUGUUAGUUUUGGUAUGGAAAAAUUACAAACCGGUGAUAGAUUUUAUUAAUUUUAUUUAAAUCUGGAAAUUGGUGGGGUGGUCAUUUCGUCCCAGGCAGCACAAGAUACGUCUCAAAAUAAGGAAUGAAUUUGAUAAAUAAUUAACCUUCUUUGUUAAAUACAUAUCGGAGGUAGCGAGAUUCUUCUUUAGAUAAAAGAAAUAGUUGUUUUACGAUUUUCUGAUAUUGCAUGAUUUUUAAAAAAAAACAAGGCUAUUCUGUGUUUACAUUUUUGAUGAAGAUAUCAAUAUAUCAAAUUCCUUUAAUAUAGAAUAUUUUUAUAUCAUACAAAGAGUUUUUCUUGUAAAUUUAAUAUUAUUUUUUAAAACAAUUUUUAGAGAAAAAAAGUUCGGAAAUGAAGGCACGAAAAAGAGGAAAUCUAAAGUAAUUCUCUAACCUUAAAAUCAUCCCUCAAUUAACUUCUUUAUUGAUAAAAGUGAUGUACUUAUUGAUAAUUUAGAUUGGGUAAUUUAAGAUCAUUUUUAGAGGGAAAAAUUUAGUUUAGGGGCGUGCAAGGGAUUGGGGUAGAAGUACUAUAUGUAACAGAUAAACACAUCUUAAACUUAAUGAUGUUAGAAACGUAAAUAUUAUUACAUAGAUAUUUCUUUUUAAAGUUAAGUAUUGUGAUGAGGUUUUGCAAUAGCAGGUGGAAACUAUCGCAAAGAACCUACCAUUAUUACCUCGAUAACAACGGGUUAUUUAUUCUAGUAAAUUAUAUUUUUUAUGAAAUUGUGUUAUAAAUGAGACCUACCAAUAAUUUAAAAUUAGACCCCUUUAAAGGAAAUUUCAAAGCUGUAUACAAAAUGAUUAAUCAGCCUAGGCAGAUUAUUCGAGACCAAUUAAUCGGUAAUAUGCCUAUAUGCUAAUCAGUGCAACCCUAAUAAAGAAUUUUUUAUUUUAACAGGUUAAUAAAAAUUAAGAAAAGUAAGAAAAAAUCCGUACCUUGAGAUCGGAAAACAAAAUUACAUUCCUAUUACAUGCAUUAAGUUGAACAGACUGAACAGCUAGAAACAAUAAAUUGAACAGACAGAACAUUCAGUUAGAAGCAAAUACAUUCUCACUGUGCAUUUCAAAAGAUUUUGUUCAAAAAUUUUACGCUGCAAACACAUGUCAAUUUUGUCAAAUUUCAGAUAGAAACCACACUUGAAGUAGGCUAUUUAUAGAUGUUAACAAAAUGUUUUAUCCUUCGCAACAACACCUCAAUGAUGCGUUUGGGACUGGCCUUGACCCAGUCACCUUCAUGCUUUUGCGAGUAGCUGAACACGGAUUUACAACUGAAGCGGAGUAUGUCAUCAAGAAGGGGGCUGAUGUGAAUGACUUUAACAUGAGAACAGGAAAAACAGCCUUGGUCCUAGCAUCAGAAAAUGGACACAACGAAACGGCCCGUCUAUUAAUGAAGUACGGGGCAUGUGUAGAAGGCAAAUAUUCAUGUUUAUCACCUGUGGCGCUUGCGGCAGUGAAUGGACAUAUUGAAACCGUGGCACUGCUAAUUGAACAUGGGGCGAACUUAAACAAAACAGAUUUGUUUGAUGAUAAGUCUGUUUUAAAUAUAGCCUCCGAGAAGGGAUACAACGAUAUGGUCAAGAUGCUCUUAAAAAAUGGUGCCAAUGUGAACGAUGAAUCAUGUGAGGCUUCCCUGAUGUAUGCCGUAAGAAACGGACAUACAGAUGUGGCUGAAACGCUGAUAGACGGUGGAGCGGAUAUCGAUUACAAAUGCCCAAAAGGUUUUAGUGUAUUGGAAACAUCGUUGAUGUGUGGCCAACAAGAUAUUGCGAAGCUGCUCAUCGAGAGAGGGGCAAAGCUUGAUGGUGCGUUAAUGCGAGCAAUAGCGUGUAAAUUUACAGACGUCGUACACAUCUUAAUAAACAAAGAUGUAAAUGAAAAGGAUACAUGUGGAAAGACAAUGCUAAUAAUAGCAGCAACGUGCGGAGAAACAGAACUGGUGACUACUUUGAUAGAAAAGGGAUCUGAUGUCGAUGAGAAGGACGAUAAUGGAAUGACUCCACUAAUGUAUGCGUCAAACAAGGGAUUUAAAAAUGUCGUUGAAAAGUUAAUCGAACAUGGAGCAUGUAUAAAUGAAAGUUGCCAACAGGGAAUGACAGCUUUAAUGUAUGCAUCCCAGACAGGGUGUACAGAUGUCGUUACACUUCUAAUAGACAAUGGCGCAAAUUUAAAUAUGAAAGCUAUGAAUGGAGAUACUGCUUUAAUUUUUGCAACUAUAAAUGAACAUUCCAAAACCGUUGAAGUGUUAAUAGAUAAAGGCGCUGAUGUUCAUAUUCUGGGGAAAAAUGGGAUGUCUGCUCGACAAAUAGCGAUAAUAAAUAUUUCAAAUAAAGAAAUAUUGAACAUUUUUAUCCAGAAAAGAUGUUUGGUGUCUAAAAACAUUACUAAAGGACAAAUAUCUAUUAACAAACCAAUGGAUACCCCAGGAAAAGAAACGAAUAGCCCAGGACAAGACACAAAUACAUCAGGACAAGAAACAAAUAACUCAGUAAAAGACACAAAUACCCCAGGACAAGACAUACAUACCACAGGACAAGACACAAAUACAUCAGGACAAGAAACAAAUAACUCAGUAAAAGACUCACAUACCUCAGAACAAGACACAAAUACCACAGGACAAGAGAUGAAUACCACAGGACAAGACACAAAUACAUCAGGACAAGUCACAAAUAACUCAAGACAAGACACAAAUACCCCAGGACAAGAGAUGAAUACCACAGGACAAGACACAAAUACAUCACGACAAGACACAAAUAACUCAAGACAAGACACAAAUACCACAGGACAAGACACAAAUACCCCAGGGCAAGACACAAAUACCCCAGGACAAGACACAAAUACCCCAGGACAAGACACAAAUACCCCAAGACAAGAGAUUAAUACCACAGGACAAGACACGGAUACUAUAGGUCAAGACUCAAACAUCUUCCGGGAAAUCAUUAGCAUUAACCAAUCUGUAGAUUCUGAUUGUAAAAAAGUACAUAGUUUAUCAAUCGACAUUCAGCAACAAACCAAACUAGACGGAAAUAAAAAAAAGGGUUUGAGUGAGGGAACAAUUGCAAACCACGAAACAACAGAUCCCUUGAUAAAAGAAAAUGAAGAAAUGCCAUUGUGUGAAACUCAUCUCAAACACACAGUUCCGUCAAGGUAAGUUUUCAAGCCCUUUCUCCUCUCAUUGUACAUGUGCAAAUAAAAAUAGCUUAUAAUUUCAUUCAUUGUUUAGAUCAGCAUUCCCCAAAUAGUGGUCUGCGGACCGGCAGCGGGCUGCAAGAGUUACAUUGCCGGUCCGCACAAUAUGAAUAUUUAUGUUGAAAAAAAGUAUUUUUAACAUCUGGCACCGGUCCCUGUGGAGGUUUCGAAACGUGUCCACCAAUCCACCAAACUUUAAAAAAAAAAUGGAAAAAGCUGUUUUAGAUGAUAAGAAUCAGGAUUAGCAAAAAUUAAUCUGACAAUUUAGUAAACGCUGAUACGUUAUCAAACUGUUUUUACUAUGUUAAUAUAUAUUCUAUAACUGAAGUAGAAAUUACGUUCAAACGUUUAAUCUGUGAGUCUUAUCAGUAAAAAAUGCCUUUAAACAAAUUUAUUCUCUAAGGAAAAGAAGACGAACAAAUCUGAAACGAUGCCAAGCGUUAAACAAGGAGGCGCCUUGUCCUGAAGUUGCCAUAUGUCAUGGGUCAAAGGUCAGCAGUUUGCAAGGUUCCUUGAUUCACAGGGCAAAGGUCAGCAGCUCGAAAGAUGCCAUCAUUCACGGGUCAGUGGUCAGCAGUAAUAAAUCCAGAGGGGAUGAUAAACGACAGGCAGCUGAAUCCCAAACUCUGUUAAUUCAAAGUGCUGGUCCAUGUACAGAUUCAGAUAGUUACGACACAGUAUCUACAGAUACAACUGCCGAGGCUUUAGAAGCUAUCCCUGUGACAGAAUGUACGCGUAUUACUGGGGCAGCAUCUCCAGCUAUUACUGAUUAUAUCAAUCCAUAUUAUACAGAGAGCUCCCGAAUUCCACUUAAGACAGCUGAAAUGGUGUUGGAUGAAUCUAUAACUAGAUCUAACUUCAAAACAAAACAAAGUAUGCAUGACACAAGUGAUGACAGAGCUAUCCAACAUGAUGAUGAAUGGCCCGAAUGUACCUCUAGCGACAUGGACAAGUUUCUAAUGCAACUUGAAGAGUUUUUAAGGUUUGUACGCGGUCAAUUGGCACGAAAAUUUUUUUAGUCUCUUUUACUUUUGUUUAAACAAAAAAUAAUUCAAUGUGCUCGCUAUGUGUUGUUGAACUUCUACCUCCAAAUGCUGAUUGCUUAAGUAAACGAAAUCAGCACAUCCAUGUAUUAAGGAAAUCAGGCCUUCUUUUAUGCUACUUGUUUUUCAAUACACCAGAUGAACAUCACGUUAAGAUUACAGCUUACAAAAUUAUCAGUCAACGGAUAAAAAUAAAAAUAAAGUGAGGCCCAAGUCCAAUAUGAGUUUUAAUUACAGUGUACAAUUAUUUAAAGCCGUUAAAAUAUGUCUUUACAGUGAUCUUAAACAAGAAACUGUCAACACGGGACCACUGCAGGACACUUCGAAAAAAUAUCUCCCUCAACAAAAUCCUAUCAUUUUCAAGUAAGUGAAUGAAUAUCUAACUGUCUUAUUAUUGUAUGUUUAUUCCUACAGUUAUCUAACAUACUGAAAUGUAUUACAUUUUCUUCAUGUUAUUUGUUAAAAAUGGCAAAAGAGGGGAACAAAGAAAAGUUAAACCUGAAAAAGGGAACGCAACAAAAACAAUGAAGCUGUUUUUUCUGUUGUUUGUUCGCUGACGAAGGUUUCAUGUCGACAUUUUCGUUGUUUUUUUUUGUGCCUUUGUUCAGGGUUAAACUUACUCUGUUAACACUCAUUUCAUAUUGUGCUAUCCUGUUUGCAGUCUCUGCCCUUAUUACUUAUUUGUUAAAAACUAGCAUCAAUUAGAUACAGAUCAGCCAUGAUCUCGCUCGAAUGUUCCACGUUUGUGGCUGAUUUCAAAAUGUAGGACAUUCCAAUCCCCCAAACCCUCCAACUAGUCUCCAGAUUGUUUAGAUCACACGUCUGUUCUUAGGCCUCUUCCUUGUCUAUAGACUGUUUAAAUCAUCCAUCUGUUCUUUGGCCUCUUUCCUAUAUAUAUAUAUAUUUAUGAUUAAUUUUUUAAAAAUUAAAAAUAAUUCAUUAAUGUAACAGGUUAAUCAUUUGUUUGUGUCGUGCCUUACAGGUUGUAUCAUAUAGAUCGCGUGGAUCACGCUCAUCUGCAGAAUCCAUUGUAUGUGAACAUUACAGACACCACGUAUUGUGUCAUAGACGAGAAGACAUGACGCAAAGAUCAACAUAACUAUGUUAGCAAACAAUCUGAAAUUGAACAUUCCUUUGUUGGUACAAUUGUCUUGGUUUAGUUUACUCCCAAUCAUAACAUUUGCAAAUAAAAUAUAUACUUUUGUAUGUUUAAGUUUUUCUAUAAUUGAUAAAUGUUAAGAUAUGAAUAUGAAUUGAAGUGUGUGUUCUUUUUUGCUGUUUUAAUUUUUAAUGUAAAGUGAUUCUUAUAAAUAGUAUCAUUAUGUUUAAUACAUCGCCAAUUAGAAAAGGUGUCAUUUUUAAAAAAAAAUUUACAACAAUGUCCUGAAAAUUUACCUUUGUUUCCAAGAUUAUUGUAGGGAGCAUUAAGGAAAGUUGUCAUCCUAUGAGAAGUAAUUCUUAAAAUGUGUAGAAACAUUCUUACGUCACUGAAAAUCAAACAUCACAAGUAUUUUGAUAUGUUCUAUACAUCUCUGCUGACUUCUAGUGCGUUCCUGUCUUGAAUGUGUACUAGAAAUAUUUAAUGUUAUAUCUCAUUUCAAGAAUUUAAAAAUGAGAAUGGUGAAUGAAUUUCAAAGAAUGCUAUCUGAUUGACUCUGCUUUGAUUGUCUUUGCUCUGAAUGUCCUUCAUCUAUCUGUCCUUGCUCUGAUUGUCCUUGCUCCGAUUGUCCUUGCAUUAUCCAUAGUUCCCUGAGACAAUAUCUUAUUUCAAUUAAAAAUCAUUUAUUAGUUUGCUUUGAAUUGUUUUUAACACAUGUAAUCUUUUAACUUAAGGGAGAUUUUUUUACAGAUUAAAUUUAAAAAAAAGAUCAGUAUUCUAUCCAACCAUUGUUUACAAUACAUUCAUUAUCUCAUUGCUUGCCAUUAAAACAGAAAAAUUUUGUUUAUUAAAAACUAUAAAUAACA